CUGACGUCACAUCCAUUCCCACAAUGCCAUAGUAACACGACUGCGCACUCGCGCUCGUGGACGCGCACCAGCAGACAGCCCAUCACACACAGAGCGAACAUGGCGGGCGCCUCCGACCCUCUGGAAGACAUGCUCUUCUCCGAGGUGGACGAGAAAGCCGUGAGUGAUCUGGUGGGCUCGCUGGAGUCUCAGCUGGGGGGCCAGAGCGAGCCGCCCGCCGCGCAGCCCGAGAACGCGCGCCCGGGCAGCGCGAAGCAGCAGCAGGCAGGAGGAACAGCGCAGCUGCCUGCUCCUGUAGACUCUCCAUCAGAACCACAACAACAAGCACAGCAGCAGCAGAACGCACGGAAAGCUGCGCGCAACCCGGAUUCCGACCCGAAAGACGCCAGCACGGAUAAGCAUUCCAAAGCCUUGGAGAAGGAGAGCCCUCUGAAGUCGCACGGCAGCAUCAUCAUCAUCACUACAGCAGCAGCAGCAGCAGCAGCAUCCGAUGCUCCUGCACCCGGCAACAAAGGUGAGAGCCCGAGGGACACCCGCAAGAAGCACCCGGGGAAUACGCGCGCGCUGCGCUCCGCAGCAUCCCACAGUCUCAACGGCAACGGAGGCGACGCAGCAUCAGCAUCACCCAGCACCUCCAGCCCGGGCAGCGCGACUUUUACCGUGUCCAGUAACCCGCAGGCGAUCACGCUGGACCGCGGGACGCCCACCAUCGCGCUGCACCGACUCCCGCGUCACAUUAUCGCCAGCAUCGCGCAGAAUGGAAACGGCACGUCCGUGUCAGCGCUGGUCCAGCAGGGCGCGCGGAUCGGAGCGGCGGGCGCGCAGGUCAACCACAGCAAACCACCCACGGACGCGAACAACGCGAAACCCGCGGCGACCUCUGCGCCUCCCACCGCGGCCACAGCAGCUCCCGUCAAACCCGCUGUCAGUGUCAGUGCGGCUCCGGUCAUCAGACCUGCGCAGACGCAGACGCAGACGCCAGCGCAGCAGAGGGUCGUAACGCCGCAGCUGAUUGUCAGACCACCGCAGCAACAAACUACAAUACAGCUGCCGCCCGGAUUCACCAUCCCUCCAGGGAUGGUGCUGGUCCGGACGGAGAUGGGUCAGCUGGUGAUGGUUCCUCAGCAGGCUCUGGCUCAAGCUCAGGCCCAGAACAGCAUCUCACCGCGGCCCUCCACACCCACCAGCGGGGCCACAUUCAGGGUCACGACCCCACAGUCUCCUGUUAGCACUCAGGCGAUUCGUCCCGCUCCUGCGGCUCAAACCAAACCGGUCCAGUCGAGUUCAGCGAGCGCCGCGGCCCAAACCUGCACCGCUAAGGGCCCCGUGGCAGCCGCUGUGGCAGUGACAGCUCCCCAGCAGGUCCAGCCGGCCUCGGGCCCCCAGGGGCCCCUCACUCAGAUGCCACUGGCCCCACAGAGCGCAGCCGCCCCGGCCCCUGGAGCUCCGCUCGUCUCCCAGGAGAUGCAGGAGAACGUGAAGAAGUGCAAGAACUUCUUGGCCACGUUGAUCAAGUUGGCAUCCCAUAAUUCCCCUUCCCCAGAGACGUCUCGAAACGUGAAAGCGCUGGUGCAGGAUUUACUGGAUGCAAAGAUCGAUCCGGAGGAGUUCACCAGCCGGCUGCAGUCCGAGCUGAAGUCGUCUCCGCAGCCGUACCUCGUCCCUUUCCUGAAGAAAAGUCUCCCUGCGUUGCGUCUGUCUCUUCUGAACAGCCAGCAGUCUCUCGCUCAGCCUCCGCAGCCCAAUAAAACCAGUGUGACUCCGGUUCAGACGAGUGUGAGCGUGCGUCCACACCUGCCCAACAGCACCACUGUACUGCCACAAGGUAUCAAGAGGGCAGUGGGUCCUGGAGGUCAGAUCCGGAUGCCUGUGGUCAUCACACAGACGGUGCGAGCAACAGGUACUUUAGGGAAGCCUGCGGUUAUCCAGACGGGCAAAAGCCCUGCGGGCGUCACCACACAGCUCUCAGGAAACCAGAAGAACAAGCUGAAUGACCCGGGGGGAGGCUCCUUCAGAGACGAUGAUGACAUCAAUGAUGUGGCGUCUAUGGCCGGCGUGAACCUCAACGAGGAGAGCGCACGGAUUCUAGCGACCAACUCUGAUCUGGUGGGAACGCAGAUCCGCUCCUGUAAAGACGAGGCCUUUCUGUCUACAGGUCUGCUACACCGGCGUAUACUGGAAACAGCGAAGAGGUUCGGAGUGACGGACGUACCGCUGGAGGCUGUGAACUUCAUCUCUCACGCCACUCAGUCCAGAUUACGCACGGUGCUGGAGAAAGUCUCCUCCAUCGCCCAGCACAGAAUGGACUCGUCUAAGGAAGAUGAGGGGUACGAGCAGGCGUCUGAUGUGCGCUCACAGCUCAAGUUUUUCGAGCAGUUGGAACGGAUGGAGAAGCAGAGGAAAGAUGAGCGAGAACGAGAGAUUCUCCUCAGAGCGGCGAAGAGUCGCUCGCGGCAAGAAGAUCCAGAACAAGCCCGUCUGAAGCAGAAAGCAAAGGAGAUGCAGCAGCAGGAACUCGCUCAGAUGAGACAACGAGACGCAAACCUGACGGCGCUCGCCGCCAUCGGCCCUCGGAAGAAACGCAAGGUGGACUCGCCAGGAGCUACAGCGACUGAGGUGUCGGGAAGUUCGGCAGGUUCCCCGGGCGGAUCGUCAGCCCCGUGCUGCUCGUCACGGCAGUUUAACCGCCAGAGAAUAACACGCGUCAACCUCAGGGACUUCAUCUUCUACAUGGAGCAGGAGCGAGAGACCAGCAGAUCUCUCUUACUGUACCGCGCUCUCCUGAAGUAGCCAACGCUGAGCGAAUGCUGAGCCAAUCAGCAGCCAAACCACCCGAGCAGCGAUCGACUUCCCCUCAGCCCUGCGACGUGCCUUCAGCCCGUUCACCGCGUCUGUGUCUGUGAGCUCGUGAUGUCUGCGUUGCUUUUGAUAGAAAAGCUCUGAAAAGAGAGAGAGAGAAAAAAAAACAAGAUGUGCUUUAUGUUUCCUGUUUUCUCCUCAGCGUUACUAGCUAAACUGUAUUUAUGAUAGUGAAUUUUAAGGCUUGUCUUUCUGGCUUUGAGCCGAGGAGUGUUUGUUUGUUUGUUUGUGUAUGAAUGAAUCUGACACUGUAAAUACCACUUUCUUCAUCAGUAUUUUAGUCUAAAAAUCCCCCGAAAAGAGAUGGCUAUGAAUUAAGAAUUAAUUCUAUUGUUUUAUUAAUGUGUUCCCUUAUCGUGAACAUGGUUUGUUAUAUUCAACGCCUUCAUUUUAGUGAAUCAUGACCACAUUGUCCAAAUUUUUUCCAAAUCAGUACAAAUUAGGGAACAAAUUAGUAUAAAUUCGCAGCAGUUUACUAAAACAAAGGAACAGAUACUGUAUGUACAGAAAGGUCACAAUUUACUGAAACGAGGGAAUUAAUUAAUAAAAAAUAGCAACGAUUUACUAAAAUUAGGGAAUUCAUUGGUACAAAAAGGAAACGAUUUACUGAAAUAAGGGUAGAGAAUUAAUAAAAAUGUGCACUUGUUUACUUAUAAGAGGGAAUUAAAAAACGAGAGAAUUAAAUAAUAAAAAUUAGCUACAAUAAAAAAACGAGAUAAUACAAAACGAGAUAAUUCAUACAAAUUGGUCCCAAUUUACUAAAAUGAUGCGACAAAUUAAUAAAAUUUGCAAUGAUUUACUAAAAUGGGGGAACGAUUUAAUAAAAAUUCGCAAUGAUUUACUAAAUCUAGGGAACAAAUUAAUAAAAAUUUGCAAAGAUUUACUAAAACGAGUUAACAAAUUAAUAAAAAUUGGCAAUGAUUUACUAAAUCUAGGGAACGAAUUAAUAAAAAUUUGCAAAGAUUUACUAAAACGAGUUAACGAAUAAAUAAAAAUUCGCAAUGAUUUACUAAAUCUAGGGAACAAAUUAAUAAAAAUUUGCAAAGAUUUACUAAAACGAGUAAACGAAUUAAUAAAAAUUUGCAAAGAUUUACUAAAACGAGGCAACGAAUUAAUAAAAAUUUGCAAAGAUUUACUAAAACGAGGCAACGAAUUAAUAAAAAUUGGCAAUGAUUUACUAAAACGAGUAAACGAAUUAAUAAAAAUUUGCAAAGAUUUACUAAAUCUAGGGAACGAAUUAAUAAAAAUUUGCAAAGAUUUACUAAAACGAGGCAACGAAUUAAUAAAAAUUGGCAAUGAUUUACUAAAACGAGGGAACGAUUUAAUAAAAAUUUGCAAAGAUUUACUAAAACGAGUUAACGAAUAAAUAAAAAUACGCAAUGAUUUACUAAAUCUAGGGAACAAAUUAAUAAAAAUUUGCAAAGAUUUACUAAAACGAGGCAACGAAUUAAUAAAAAUUUGCAAAGAUUUACUAAAACGAGGCAACGAAUUAAUAAAAAUUUGCAAAGAUUUACUAAAACGAGGCAGCGAAUUAAUAAAAAUUGGCAAUGAUUUACUAAAACGAGUAAACGAAUUAAUAAAAAUUUGCAAAGAUUUACUAAAACGAGGCAACGAAUUAAUAAAAAUUUGCAAAGAUUUACUAAAACGAGGCAACGAAUUAAUAAAAAUUUGCAAAGAUUUACUAAAACGAGGCAACGAAUUAAUAAAAAUUUGCAAAGAUUUACUAAAACGAGGCAACGAAUUAAUAAAAAUUGGCAAUGAUUUACUAAAACGAGGGAACGAUUUAAUAAAAUUUCGCAAUGAUUUACUAAAACGAGGGAAAGAAAUUAAUACAAAUUUGCAUUAAUUUACUAAAACGAGGGAACGAUUUAAUAAAAAUGUGCAAUGAUUUACUAAAACGAGGGAAUGAAUUAAAAAUAUUUGCAAUGAUUUACUAAAACGAGGGAAUUAAUUAAUAAAAAUUACCAAUGUUUAACUAAAAUAAGGAAAAUAAUUCAUUAACAUUGGCUACAGUUUACUAAAACAAAAUAAUUAACACAAAUUGGUCACAAUUUACUAAAUCAAGGGUAAAAAUUAGCAAAGAUUCACUAAAAAUGAGGGAAUGAAUUUAUACAAAUUUCCAAUGAUUUUCUAAAAUUAGGAAAAAAAUUAAAUAAAAAUUUGCAACAAUUUACUUAAAUGAGAGAAUUAAUUAAUACAAAUUUUUCACAAUUUACUAAAACAAGGGAAAUAAUAAAAAAUUAGCAACGAUUUAUUCAAAUGAGAGAUUUAAUUAGUAUAAAAUAAACCUCAAAUUCUCAGUUUUUUUUCUUGUUUUUAAAAUAAGCUUCACUACAUUUUCUUUAUGCUUUGAACAAGAAUAUGAUAAUAUUUCAUGCAUUUUCACGGUUUUUGCUGUGAUAUAUUUCAGUAUUUUCAGUGUCAGAAAUCCUGAUGAAGUGAGUGUUUUCUCACGGUGCAGAUGUAUAUUUAACACCGAGCGCUUACAGUGACGAUCUACGGGACGAAACGCCUGGAAGUGAUCAAUGCAGUUUUCUGUUAAAGAUUCGCGUCUCAUGCAAACUUUCCCAAGCAUCAUCAUCAUCAUCAUAAUCAUCUUCAUCAGUGUCCAGCCAAUCACAGUAUUCAAAACCUCAUCAAAAACUGACAAAAAAACUCUUUUUCAAAAGGCGAGUCUCAAUGUAAAUAGACUUUUUUUUUAUGAAUAUUGUUUUUAACAGCAUGUGGAAAUAAUUCCAGCUUCUGUCUGUCAUUGUGAUUCACGUAGCUUUAAUAUUUGUCCACGAGGAGCACGAAUCCCGUGUUUUCUCGAAAUCAGGCCAGCAGAUCCGAGCUAUAGCAAUACAGCCACAUCAACACAUCGUCUGAACGUCAAUCAAUCAAUCAUUGAGAAAAGAAGAACCAACCCCAAAAGAUCCUGGGUUUCUCAUCUCACAAACACGAUCAGAACUGAAAGCAGCAGUAGAUUAUAAAGGCAAACAGUUUAGAAUAACAUGCACUGAUAAAUCAAUGUAUUAUGAAGGUAUUAGAAAUUGAUUUUGAAUUCAUUUUUGAUUAUAAAACUGGAUUUCACUGCCCUCGACUGUGUUUAUUUUUCUUAUCGUUAUUAAGUUAUUGUUGUCAGUCGUUCAUGUAUCAUUCGUGAGCUCACUUCCAAGGACGAACUCGAAUCCCGUAAGCAUUUAUUUUGGCGAGGGUUCGCCGUACAUGAUGUCACGAGAGGUCAAGUUCGGUGACCUCUCUUCACUCGGAUCCUCUCGCUCUUCUAUGCACCGUGAAUCCCGUUGCUUUGCGGUUUGUGUGAAACUCAACUCACAUGUCCGGGAAAUUUCCCUUUUGGACCUAUUUAUAUUUUCUGGUUGUUAUCCACGUUUUCAGGCAAACUGCUUCAUUCCCCGACUGUCCCAUUUGAAACAAGCACAAAUCUAUUUGUUUGGGUUGUUCUUCUGUUUUCUGUUUUCCGCUGGAGGCUCUUUCUAUACGCUUUGUAGCCGAAAUAUUAUUAGGACUCUCUUCAUAUUGUAUUACUGACGUGCCCAGCUGGAAUUCAAUGUUUCGAUCUAUGGAUAAUUUGUAUAUAUUGUUUACAAGACGUUGUGUUUAUCAGAACUCUUAUUUUUGGUAAAUUCUGUACAUAUCCUGAAAUAUUUCUGUUUGUGUGAACAUACUUCUGUAUUUGUACCUAUUUUGUAAAGGAAUUAAAAAGCUGUUUACUA